CUAAGCCAGCCCCCAGCUCACAUUACACUCUAUUUAUAACCUUCCGAAGCUGUUUCCCUUCGCAGGCAGGCAGGCAGUCAGGCAGCAGUCUCUGGGACCACCUUCUCUUGGCUUCCACUUCUCUCCUCCUCUUCCUCAUCCUCCUCUUCUCCUCUCCUCCUCCUCCUCCUCCUCCUCCUCCUCCUCCUCCUCCUCCUCUUCUUCCUCCUCCUCCCCCUCCCCUUCUCCUUUGCCUCCUCCUCCUCUUCCUCCUCCUCCUCCCCCUCCUCCUUCUCCUCCUCCUCCUCCUCCUGCUCCCCUUGACUUCGGAGCGUCCGAGAACAGCAGAGCAGCCGGACGACCCUUCCUUCCUUCCCUCUUUUUCUCUCGCUUCUCCCCGGUGUUGGCACAGCCGGCGGCGGGCCGGACCGACAGACGCGCAGCCGGACUCGGGCCUCCAGACGUCUCUUGGCCCGUCCCAGCCCGGCAGGGCAGGCCAGGGCCGAGCGGGGCAGCCCGCUGCCGGACCCGGGUCGAGGGCUCUGAGUACACUGCAGGCUGACCAGGACGGCGGAGGUGGAGGCAUCUGUCCGCAAGCUCCCGCCGCCGGGCAGCAGCCGCGCCUCGCAUGCUAUGGAGCAUCCGCUCUUCGGCUGCCUGCGCAGCCCGCACGGCACUGCGCAGGGCCUGCACCCCUUCUCUCAGUCCUCGCUGGCCCUUCAUGGGCGUUCGGACCACAUGUCCUACCCCGAGCUCUCCCCGUCAGCCUCAUCUUGUAUAAUCGCUGGCUACGCCAAUGAGGAGGGCAUGUUCGCCAGCCAACACCACCCGCGCGGCCACCACCACCACCACCAUCACCACCACCAUCACCCACAGGCACCCCCGCCGCCGCCGCCGCCGCCGCCCCCGCCGCAGCACCAGGCACUGCAGGGAAGCUGGCACCUCCCUCCCUUGGCUUCGCCCCCCGCUGCCGCCCGCCACAGCCUGUGCUUGCAACCCGACGCCGGUGGCGGCCCGGAGUUGGGCGGCAGCGCCCCCGGUUUGUGCUCCUCAGCCGGGAGCUUGGGUGCCAGCACUCCCACCGGGGCCGCUUGCGCGCCAGGGGACUACGGCCGCCAGGCGCUGUCCCCCGGGGACGCGGAGAAGAGAGCAGGGAAAAGGAAGAGCGACAGCUCAGGGAUCCAGAGCUUUAAUCAAUCAAAAAGCACUUCCAGCCCCUAUGCCAAGCACUGUGAUAAGUGCUGGGGCUUUUCCAUGAAUGGGACCAAGCUCUGGAGGGCAAAUGUCUGCAAUCAAGCAGCAGACUCCCAGGAAGGAAAUUACAAAUCGGAAGUAAAUAGUAAGCCCAGGAAGGAAAGGACAGCCUUCACCAAGGAGCAGAUCCGGGAGCUUGAGGCAGAAUUUGCCCAUCAUAACUACCUGACCAGGCUGAGGAGAUACGAGAUUGCUGUGAACUUGGAUCUCACGGAAAGACAGGUGAAAGUCUGGUUCCAAAACAGAAGGAUGAAAUGGAAGCGGGUUAAAGGAGGCCAGCAAGGAGCUGCAGCCCGGGAAAAGGAACUGGUGAAUGUGAAAAAGGGGACCCUGCUGCCUUCAGAGCUCUCCGGCAUUGGGGCCACUGGCCUCCAACACACAGGGGACUCGUUAGCCAAUGAUGACAGCCAUGAUAGCGACCACAGCUCGGAGCAUGCUCACUUAUGAUACCGAGCGCGGGAUGUGCCGAGCGAGCGCUGUUCUCAGGAAAGAAACGCUAGCAUGGCGAGCCUUACUUACCCAGACACGGUUUACAGAGGGAGAAGACAAUGGCCAUGAGCAUUGGCUUUAUGAGAGUCAGCCUUCUCCUGCCUGCACCUCUUGAGUUUUAGAGGGCUGACAACAAGUGCCACUUCUCUCCGAGGGGCCUCCACGGUGAUGAUGCUGAAGAUGGACUUGCUUGGAACAUUCCGCACUCGUUGGCCAUGCCUUGGACAAUGGGCAGGUCUUUGCUUAGCUUGCACUGAAAAAUAAAUUGCUAUGGAGAGCAAAAUAGGAGACAUUUUAUCCUGAACAGUCCCAGGGCCCCAAAUCACUGUUUAUUGGAUAAGAAAUGUAUUUUAACUCUGUAUAUAUUUACCUUAUGGCAUUUUCCUGUCUUCACUAACUUUCGCAAAGCACUCAUAUUAGCUGAUGGCAAUAGACACUCCUAAUGACAAUGUUCAUCUUGUCUCCCUGUCUGUUUUCUUGCUCCAAAGACAGAGCGUACACACUAACUUCGUGUUCCUUCCAAUAAAGGAAGAUGGAGUAGAAGAAAUGGAUAGAACACACCCUUCUUUGUACCACAGACAAAACAAAUCUUCUGUUGCAUUUACUAUCAACUGCUGCUAAUAGGGUAUUAUAGACCUUACCUAGCUCCUCAAUUCUUCCUAUCUUAUAGCUUGAAAAAAAAUUUUUUUAAGGAUCAUAAAAGUCAGUGAUCUUUCAGAAAGAGCUUUGCAUGCCAACUAUUGCCCAAGUCAUCUCGAUAAAAUACUAGAAAAUAUUAGGGAUUGCUUCUAGGAGGGGGACAGGCCAGUUCACCAGCAGGAGUUUUAUAAUUGGUGUUUUUGAUUAUGAUGUUGAAUGGCACCAGGUAAAUUGUAAGGCAAAGUUGGUAAUUGGUAACUCCAAAACUGUCUCCAGCUUAAGUUUGUCUUAAUAAAACUACACAAUGUUUUUGUUUUCAUAUGUAUGUGUACAUAUAGAACACCGAAGCCUUAACAGAAGACAUGACUGUAAUUUGUAAAAAAAAGUUUAAUAAAUGAUCCUUUUAAAAUAA